GCGGGAUUGAUACUCGUCGACUUACAGCUUCCAUCUCAACCCCUCCUGCCCUCCCCUUUACAGACAACAACCAUGGCGUCGAACCGUGCUUUACUCAGGUUUGGAAUUCCCGCUCUCGGGUUUUGGCUUCUCGGCGAAUCUCUCUACGACGUCCGUGGUGGAACCCGCGCCGUCAUCUUCGACCGGUUGUCCGGUGUGCAGGAGAAGGUCGUGAACGAAGGCACCCACUUCCUGAUCCCCUGGUUGCAGAAGGCCAUCAUCUACGAUGUCCGCACUAAGCCCCGUCAUAUUUCUACCACCACCGGAAGUAAGGAUUUGCAGAUGGUCAGCUUGACCCUGCGAGUCCUGCACCGUCCCGAUGUCCCGAAGCUGCCGGUGAUCUACCAGUCUUACGGUACCGAUUACGACGAGCGUGUGUUGCCUUCCAUCGGAAACGAAGUCCUCAAGGCCAUCGUGGCCCAGUUUGAUGCCGCCGAAUUGAUCACCCAACGCGAGGCCGUCUCCAACCGCAUCCGCACGGAUCUGAUGAAGCGUGCUGCACAGUUCAACAUCGCCUUGGAAGACGUCUCCAUCACCCACAUGACUUUCGGAAAGGAGUUCACGCGUGCCGUCGAGCAGAAGCAGAUCGCUCAGCAGGAUGCCGAACGGGCUCGAUUCAUCGUCGAGAGGGCCGAGCAGGAGCGACAGGCCAACGUCAUCCGGGCUGAGGGUGAAGCCGAGAGUGCCGAUAUCAUCAGCAAGGCUGUCGCCAAGGCAGGCAGCGGUCUGAUUGAGAUCCGUCGUAUUGAGGCUAGCAAGGAGAUCGCCAACACGCUGGCCAGCAACCCCAACGUCACGUACCUUCCCGGCAACGACGGCAAGGAAGGUGGCAAGAACACGAGCCUUCUGUUGGGUCUGAGAAACUAAAUGGAAUUGAUAUGUAGUUUUAAUUUGUUGGUCCGUUUCUUUUGCCUGGAUGGAUCUCGGGCGUGCAUGAUCUCUGUGGCGAACUGAUGUUGUUUGGUCUUGUUUUCUCUUCCUUUUGACAUACACCCUUCUAUCGACUGUAGCAAUAACAUACUCAUUCUUCUCUCUCUA